CGUGGGUAUCAAUAUAUACAUCCGAAUCUCAUAUGCCAGCGCGUAAAGAAAGAAAGAAAGAAAGAAAGAAGUCGAAACCCUGUUGACACAGUUAUAUACGCAACGCCAGCUGAACACUUCAUGCUAAUCAACAAACAAACAAACAAACAAAAGAGCGAAGAAAAAAAAUGA